AUGCCUCUCUCCACAGACGCUGCUCAAGCUCUAACAUCCUCCAAAUCCACCUUCCUAACCUCCCAAUUCCGUCUCCUCGACACACCCCUCACAACUCCCACAUCCAAUAUCCCACUCCUCCCUAAACCUAUCAUAGACAAGACUGUAGCCCAGGUAAACAAGAAAAUCUCCCAGCAAAACAAGCUAGUCUACUCACUCGAGUCGAGACGACAUGUGCUUGAGCAGAUUGAUGGUGUCUACUGGCGGGAUGUGCUCGCGGCUGGGUUGCCAGUCAGGAAAGCUGAGACGGUGAUAAAGAGGGAAGUUGACUUUACGAGUCGUAAUUCGCAACAUGGUAUUGAAGUGCUGCCGGAUUCUUGGGAAGAUGUCGUGCUUGGUGAACGACCUGCGAAGCGGAGGAGGAGGAGGAGGAGGAUGGAAGAUCAGGAUGGGCAGGGUGAGGGAAGUCAAGAAAAACCAGUACUACCCACCCACAAUCCGUCCAUCAACUCAGAAGAUAUCAAGCAUGACCAACAAACAGCCAAAUACGCAGAGCUGCGCGAACGACUCCUAGCACAAUCUCAGCGGAGGAAAGACCUACAACGAAAGAUGGCGCAGUACAAGCACCUCCAGACCCUCCUCAGACCGUUGGAAAAUCCUCAUGUAAACAUUCAGCCGAACCUUGUCACUCGAGAUAACAAGGAGCUGGAGAGUGAGCUGGUGCGUAUGAGGGUGUUGCUGGCUAGGGCAGGGAAUGCGUUGCAGCAGAAGUCGACGGUGCGAGAAGCAGGGACGGAUAGUCCAGGACCACACAGAGGAGGAGCUACGAACUUACAGAAGUUACAGGCCGUCCUGGAGCUGGGGUGA